AUGCCGAGGAUAGACUCGAAACGGUUGCCUCUCAGGCUCAAAAGAUACAUCAUUUGCAGAAGAUCCAUCAUUUGCAGUCUGUUUUGUUCACUCUUAAGAGACUCAUUGGCUAAUGAUGAGAGGCUUAAUGCUCUAGAAGGAGAGGUACGGCUUCUGUGGGCUGCAUCAAGAAAGUACAACUUCAAUCUUCAUGUUUUAGAGUCUAAAGCACAAGAUGCCGAGGAUAGACUCGAAACGGUUGCCUCUCAGUCUCAAAAGGUCAUGCACUGA